AGACUUUUUGAUUCACAUUGCCACGAUAAGGCUCACACCACUCUGCUUUUGAGUUUGGGUUUGUGCAAACAUGGCGACGAGCUCUCAUCUUCUUCCUCAGGCAUUGCAUAUGAUACCGAGAAUCCCUAGCUCCUCGUCGAAGAAUUUUGGGGUUUCUUCAUUUCUACCACGAGCUUCAUCGGUCAGCUCAAAGCUUUCAGUUUCUCGGGUUUUUCUCAGUCACUCCGGUUCAAAUUUUGGUUUCCCCAUCGAUUCCAAGAAGAAAAGGGAGUUUAUUGCUAAAGCUGAAGAGGGUACUGAAGGCGAAACGGAUCCAGUUGUGGAGAAUGCUGUUGUUGAAACUGUAGCGGAAGGAGAAGGAGAAGCCACUGUGGUGGAGGAAGCUAAACCACCGAGGAAGACUAGAGUCAAGCUCGGAGAUGUCAUGGGGAUACUAAACAAGAAAGCUAUUGAGGUUUCAGAGAAAGUAAGACCGGUUCCUGAGCUUAGGACUGGGGACAUUGUAGAAAUCAAACUGGAGGUUCCUGAGAACAGACGUAGGCUAUCUAUCUACAAAGGUAUAAUAAUGUCUAGACAAAAUGCAGGCAUCCACACUACUAUUCGUAUCAGGAGGAUAAUUGCUGGCAUUGGUGUUGAAAUCGUCUUUCCUAUAUACUCUCCAAACAUAAAGGAGAUAAAAGUGGUAAGCCACAGGAAAGUGAGAAGAGCAAGACUCUACUAUCUGAGGGACAAACUUCCUCGUCUCUCAACUUUUAAAUGAUCACCAAAAAACCCAACACCAGUCUCCUCUUGUCUCUAAAGGUAGUUAAUCUCCUCCUUUUUCACAUAAUACUCUCUUUCUUUUGUAAUAAUUAUAUGUUGGAUUUUCAGUUAUUUUCAUGUAAUUUACAGUGACAGUGGUUUAAGAAAAAGUAAAUCAAUGUUGAUUGUUUUGAUUCGUAA